AUGGACCAUAAAACCGCUGAGCUGGCUGCCACUACCGAAAGACCCAAGUACUAUGAGAAGUCGGCAUUGGCACCCUCAUCGUCUGCGCGGACCGUUUUGCGAGUCUUGGCCUCGACAGCCUCCCAUGAAGAGGGCUCACGAGAGGCCACCGCCGCCAUGUCUGAUUCACAGUCGUCUGCGCCCCGCCGUCCUCUUGAAGAGCCCAUGUGCCCUGAGCACCUUCGACUUUUGAAAGGAAAUAGCCGCCCUCGAGCGCCUGCUGCGCCCACGUCACUUCCCAGCGUGACCGCCAAUUUGGCUCCGUCGUCAAAGCCAAACCCGAAAAAGACGCUGGAACGACCAGCUACGCUUAUGCGUAAAACAGCCUCCUCCGGCUUUCCCCACUCCGACUCCAAGCACGGCGCACCACCAUUCCUCCCGCCAAAGACCAAAGGGAGCUCGUCCUCUCUACCUCCAGAGCAGAGGCCAGUGAUCAACACGAUGGCUUCGACGGCAGUGGCCUCUGCUCGGUCCCAACUUUCACCGGCGCCAGCCCGCGCCUAUACCGCGCCCAUAAGCCCUACUUUGUUGAAAGAUAUGGAGCCUCCAAAAAAGCGACAAAAGAUUUCCCCAAUCCUGUCGCAGUCAAAUGAGUCUAGGCUCAACGGGGCAGGUGCGUCUGCAGACUCGCUCUCUGCUCCGGAUUCCCCAGAAAAGCGGCCAGAAAAGGAGCGGAGGACGAAUCUGAAGCAGAGUAAGCCGAGUGCGAAAGAACCUGUCAGAAAAAUGGCGCCUAUGAGGGCCCUUAAGUUCGCCGACGAGCCAGAUAAUGACCUUGCACGCCCAUCUGUCAGUGGGACUACGGCAACGUCACCAAUCAAUGGCUCAGCGGAGGUUCUUUCCCAGCGGAAUCCUCCCUCUAGAUCGGUCUCCUUGAAUCUGGAUCAAGGGGGUCACAUUGACCGAAGGGAGAUUGACUCUAGUCUCCCCCCUCAUCCUAGCAAACCCACUUUGACAUCUCGUCACGAGUCGCUGGAGAUAUUUGCCACUACGUCCAGUGUCGGGCCCAGUUCUCAUCAACCGAGGACGGACUACUUUUUCCUGGAGAAGAGGCCCUCAACAAGUAAGCGUGACGAUUCUUCAGAGUCCCCUCCAAUACCUCCUACAGAGACAAACCACUCUACGGCAAACAACGUAAGCACUCCACCGAGGGUGAAAAAAACCAAGAAACUCGUCAUCACUACCAAGGCGCGACCGCCAGCUAAGGCGACUCGUCCGGUCACUCCAACAGAUCUAGACUGCUUCAUAUACUCUCAGCCAGGGGCGUCCACCCCGCCUCCCGGCUUGGAGAUUCCAGGCCUCAACAAACCCCCUCCGGCCUCGCCGUCUGCUUUCUCAUCGACAGUCUCGCAGCAGCCACCAAAGGCAAAACCAGUAGAAGAUGAGCCUCUCGCUCUGGACAUCGAUCCCAGAAUACACUACCCGCGAGCUCAUUCUCUAGCAUGGCACGCGAUGAAGGCCCAGGAGAUCGAAGCUCGGGGGACGAGAAAGCAGCGGUUUGGCAAGGCGGCACAAAGUCUGAAAAAGCAGAUGGAAGCGCAGGCUGAGUUGAAUAUACCUUGGGAGGAGACCUUACCUGAUAUUAUUCAGGAAAACCCGGCUUGGGUGGGGGCGUUGAAGAGCCUGAGGGGCAUAAUGCCUACACCGGCAGUGGAAGCUGAGGGUGGAGGAGACCCGAUGGAUCUCUGCACGAAUGAGGCGAUUGUAAAAUCUGCGAAUGGGAGUGGGACGAGUGGUCCUGUGGUCAAUGGAGUGGAGAGAAAGAUACGAAAGAUGAAGAGGACGGGGAGCGGGCUGAGCGUUGUGAGUCGAGAUGGGGUUUUGAGUUUUGGGGACCGGAACGGGCAAGGGAGCGGAAGUGUAAAUGGGAGCUUUGAGCCGAGCGAGUACGGUAUGAACUGACUGAGAGAAAACACGAUUCGUGUAUAAGGUUAUUGGGCUGAGUUAUCGGCGGGCUGCUGUACAAAGCUUGGUGUCGGGGAGGGAGGGACUCGGAGGGGACCAGAAAAGGAGUUGUAAGCAUGUUUGGCAUCACAUUCACAGGCGAGAGGAAUGGCUGACGCGGUGUUUUCUUUACACAGUAUACAUUUUUUUUGUCGUCGAGCGAAGUCUAGCAAGACAUGGGCUAUUCUUAUAGGAGUACGGGGGGGUGGUUUUCUAUUUCUACGGUUUCGUCAAAGCAUAGCUGCAUUGGAGGGGCGUCUAGUUAAUUGAGAUUAUCUUGUUUUUAUGUCGUUCUGUGAUUUGGGAAGAUAGCGUACAUGGCUGAGAGGAGCAUAGCGACUGCAUUGUAGUGGAGCAGGUAUAGGUGAUAAGACACGAGAUAGUCAAAUCGAUAUGCGUGAGAGGAGAGGCUGAGCUGAGAGCUAGGUGCCUGUAAUAGUCUUAUCGCGACUACAUGCGACUCUCUCCCAGCUCCAUAGAACAAGACUAUGAUUUCCCAGGCGUAAAAAUAGCAGUAGAAUAGUCUCGCACCGACUAACUAGCGCUCAC